AUGGCUCGACGUUAUCUUCGAACUAAUCCGAUCGUGGCCGUUAUAAGGACGGGCGCGGGCAAGAGCCUAUGCUUUAUGCUUCUAGCGGCCGUCUGUUCUGGCGGGGUCACGCAACCAUACGCGGCGGCCGAGAUCGUGUUCGUAACGCCCGAGUCGGCCAUAACUAAGGAGAGCCGGCGCCUAGACCGGAUCGUCGUCGACGAAUGCUACACUAUCCUAGAGGGUAAGAAGGACUUUAGACCAAAGCUCCGCGUCUACGUUAAGCCGCUAUAUACCCCAGAGCUUGUUAAACAACAAGUUAGGAACCUACCGGCUAAGGUGAUCAUCUACUAUACUAAGGUCGAGGCCACUAAGUUGCUCUCUGCUACGCUUAGGUGUAAUGCCUAUUACCGGGAGCUAGGCACUAAAGAGGAUAAGAGCCACUUGCUAAAGGCGUGGAUGUCGGGCGAGCCACGGCUAGGGCGCUACGGGGACGGGCGUGUCAUCGUGGCGACUAACGCUAUGGGCCUAGGCAUCGACGUGCCGGACGUGCGGCUGGUUGUCCAUAGCGGGCGCGCAGGCCGAGACGGGAAGCCGAGCGAGGCGGUCGCCUUUAUAGGGGAGGCGUAGCUAAAGCGGUACCGGCGAGCGAGAGAAGAGGCGGACCCCCUCGCCCCGUAUACGUCAGGGGAUUAUUUCAGCGGUUUGACCUGCCGUCGAAGGGUUAUGAGCUCCAU